AUGAAUGAGGACGACAGAUCCAACUAUCGACGACAUGAAGUCGAUUGGAACAGAUAUGGCCUUGGCAGUGAGGACGACUAUCAGUAUCGAGCGCGACAACGGGGCGGCUCUGGGGGCUUUGUUGAUUUGGGCAAUGAGUAUCAAUACGGAGCAGGUGGACACCAAGCAUCCGGCGCGAAUGAAAUCUUCGCCGACGAGCAAGGUGAUAAGCCAUGGUGGCGCACAAAUUUCUUCAUAUCACAACCCGUACUUUUCGGUACAUGGGAUGGUGUCUUCACUUCCUGCCUCAUCAACGUGUUCGGUGUAAUAGUAUUCCUGCGAUCGGGAUGGAUGGUUGCACAAGCUGGCGUCAUAAACGCCAUUCUAAUUAUACUCUCAACAGUUGUAAUCGCCCUAGUCUCAGUUUUGUCAGCAGUAGGAAUUUGUGAACGAUGCCGAGUGGAAAGUGGUGGUGUAUAUUUUCUAAUUGCUCACACGUUAGGAUCACGUUUCGGAGGAUCGCUUGGUCUAUUAUAUUGUUUCGGUCAAGCUGUAGGCUGUGCAUUGAAUGUGAUGGGUUUCGGUGAAUCAAUGGCCGGUUUAGUUGGACUUGAGGGCAACAAAUGGGCGAUAAGAGGAUUCGCGGCAGCUGCUGUACUAUUGUUAGGUGUUAUUAAUGUUGCGGGUGUGAAAUGGGUUAUCAAGUUACAAUUCGCUUUGCUCAUUGUUCUACUACUUUCGGCGUUGGAUUUUAUGGUUGGAAGUUUCGUUGGAGAGGAUCCCGAGCAUGGAUUUGAUGGAUGGACAAGUGAAAACAUGCCGAAGAAUGCAUGGCCUAAUUAUUCGGAUGGAUAUACGUGGUUUACAGUAUUUGGAGUUUUCUUUCCAACCGUGACGGGCGUUUUGUCAGGCAUCAAUAUGAGUGGUGACUUACGUGCACCGUCGACCGACAUUCCAAAUGGGACUUUAGCAGCUUUUGGUACAUCAACAUUCCUUUAUCUGGUUUUCGCCCUAUUUCUGGGCGCUACUUGCCAAAGAGAAACCCUACUGAAAGACUUUAUGAUUGCUGUAAAAGUUUCAGCUGUUGAAUUUCUAUUGCUGGCUGGAAUCUACGUUUCAAGUAUGUCAUCCUGCCUUGGGGCAAUGUAUGGAACACCACGCGUGCUGCAAAGUAUAGCAAAUGAAAAUGUUAUCCCAGGGAUUGAAAUCCUUGGAAAAGGGCGAGGUCCAAAUAAGGUGCCACUCUAUUCCAUGGCUGUCGUUGCAAGCGUCACAAUUACUUUCAUUAUUGUUGGAGACAUAAACUUCCUUGCACCAAUUGUGACAAUGCCGUUUUUGCUUACAUAUGCGUGUAUAGAUUACUCCUAUUUCGCUUUGGCACAAACAUUUGAUAUUCAAAAUAAACGGGAAGAACGUUUCCGCAUUCAAGCGCAAAGUCCUUCAUACGAAACCAGACGGUAUGGAGCUACACAAGACUAUCAUGAUAACGACUUGGAUCAUCUAUUUCCGGAACGAACACGACAUAAAAAUUUACAGACUCCAACAAAUUCACCGCAACACGCGCCUUCAACUAAUAACCGACCACAACAAGAGACUGAUGCAGUAGCUAAUAAUAUAGGCAACAGUAGCACAAAUCACGUCGAUGAAGUCAUUUUCCGCGAUGGAACCAAUAGUACAAACAUUUCAAACGACAAUACAGCCACAUCGUCUGUAACGGCUGAUGAUGAACCAAUUGCUCCAAUUCGACCGUCGAUUCACUCAAAGACGAAAAACUGGUAUUCGGGCUUUUGUAAUCGAUGGGCAUCGUUAUUAGGGGCGUGCAUGAAAAUUGUUAUCAUGCUUCUGGUGAAUUGGUAUUAUGCGAUUACUUGCAUCGUGACUGUGUUUAUCGUUUGGUUCUACGUGGGAACGGCAAAUCCUGCUGUGAAGCCAGGACUUACGGCCGAAUUUCGGCUGUUCGUGUGGCUGAAGAGUAUAGUGUUUCGCUGUUUUGGAAAACGCGUCCACGAUUAUGAGCAAGUCGUCGUUCAGCCAUCUUGUACCUCCUUGAACGUAACCUCAGAGCAGCUAAAUGAAGAGAAUGAUGACUUCUCGCAACGAAGGCGGUAUCAUCAUUCUUCCGUAGUGCAGGGGCACUAUGUGGACGAAAUCUAG